AUGGUGGACAAGAAGAGAAACAAGGUCCUCUUCGCCGAAGCCGGCAAGGACUUCGUCGAUUUCCUAAUUUACAUCCUCUCCCUGCCCUUGAGCGCAGCCGCCAAGUACGUAGCCGCGCCAUCCAGCAUCACCAAACUCCACAACAGCAUCGAGUUGCUUGAGCCUGGCCAUCAAUGUAACCAGGAGAUGAACUGCGAAGUGUCGUUCAGCGAUUCAUCGGCUCAGACGAGGGAGGCAGACUACGUGAAGGAGAUGAUCCCAUACAUGGUCGCGGACGAUUUGUCGGUGACUGCUUUGAACUCCACCUCUGUUUUCCAUGCUGUCAAGCUCUGCGAACCGAGCAAUGUGGAGGAGAGGGAGGUCGAAUUUGGGUCUGAUGAGGUUCAUGUUUAA